AAACAGAAGUGCGAACAGUAGUUGAGGGUAGGAAGAAAGGCUGCCCGGAAGGGGGUCAGGAAAUCUCAGGCAAGCCCACCCUCAGGCACUACAGCUAGACUCCGAGCUCAAUGGCCAGGCAACUGAUUCGACCAACAUCAGUUCACAGGGUUUAAGCCCAGUCCCUUAGGGAGGCCUGGGGAGGGGCAAGGCCCAAGUAUAUAAAGCUCCCUGAGGGUCAGCGUUGGCUCUGCGCCUGCGACUGUGAUUCAAAAACGUCCCGGUGCCCUUGGCUCUUUUCGGAAUCUGACCCCGAGCUUGCACGGGACACACUGCCCAGCUCGGGUGAGAAGGGUAGCUUCUGGGACCCUUGCCUUUAACCAGCACUGCGAGCACAGAGUGCACCGGAUCUGCGAGAAGAAACCGCGUUAACUAGUUUGUCCCUAAGGCCGCCUCGUAGUCAUCGCCGCGGCGCCUUGCGUCUCCGGGCCGCAUUGCCAUGGCUGCCCGAGGUGUCAUCGCCCCAGUUGGCGAGGGGUUGCGUUACGCUGAGUAUUUGCAGCCCUCGGCUAAACGACCCGACGCCGACGUCGACCAGCAGGGACUGGUAAGAAGUCUGAUAGCUGUAGGACUGGGUGUUGCGGCUCUUGCAUUUGCAGGUCGCUAUGCAUUUCGGAUCUGGAAACCUCUAGAACAAGUUAUCACGAAAACUGCAAAGAAGAUUUCAACUCCUAGCUUUUCAUUCUACUAUAAAGGAGGAUUUGAACAGAAAAUGAGUAGGCGAGAAGCUGGUCUUAUUUUAGGUGUAAGGUAGGUGUGCAGCAUAAGUAUUGUUUUGUUCUGUGACCAAGCUUAUCUUUAAAAAAGAGAAAACGUUACAAUAAGGUUAUACUUAAUAUUUAAAAUUAUGAGUAGGCAGCAGAGGAAAAAAUACCAAAUUUUUACAUUUUAAAGCCUCAAAUCUAAAAGUAUCCCACUCCCCUAAAAAAA